GCGAUCGGCCGAUACCCGGGGAACGUCAUCGACAGUCGGUGCGUCAAGUGCGUUGGAAGUGCGUCGGGAUCCGCGUUUGCCGUGCACCUGCGUCCAGGAGUCCACACACGAGCACCAAAAUGGCGGCCACGCACCUCGACGUUGGCCUUCGCUGCAUCAAGUACCUGCUGUGCGCGGUCAACUCCCUCUUCGUGUUGACGGGGGUGAUGAUAAUAUCGGUCGGCACGACAAUUUAUGCCGUUUAUGAGAAUUUUUCGCAUUUCCUGGAUUCAAGCUACUUUUCGCCAGCCACGCUUUUGAUCGUGGUCGGAAUAUUAGUCUUCAUAAUCGCUUUUAUGGGAUGCUGCGGCGCUGUUAGGGAAAGUACCUGCAUGGUUCUUGUGUUUGCAGUUUUACUGUCGUUUGUUUUGGUGUUGGAACUCGCCGCAGCUGCUGCUGCAUACGCUUUACAAGAUGGCAUUAAAGAUCUCUUAGCUGAGAAAAUCAAUCUAACAAUGCAUCAGUAUGAAAAAAAUAAGGAAGCCACGAUUGCAAUUGAUUUUAUGCAAUCUAGGUUACGUUGCUGUGGAUAUGAUAGCUAUAGGGAUUGGGAUGGGAUAUCGUUAAACGAAACGUAUAUGGAAUUACCUGAUUCUUGUUGUGCAUAUAUAGUGGAUGAGAUAAUAGAUUUUCCGGAUCGGUGCCAGGGAAAGUACCAGGAGGGCUGUAUUAGCCGUCUUUCUAUUAUUGUUCACCGCAGUGCAUUGUACAUCGGUACGGGAGCUGUAGCGAUCGCUCUUAUUCAGCUAACGGGGAUUAUGUUCGCGUGUAUGCUUGGCCGAGCUAUCAGACGUCAAAAGACAGAAAGGGAGAGGCGUCGCUGGGAAUUACGAGAAAAUCUCGUGAAUGGUUACGAACCGCUGGGAAAAUCGGAUCCCUUAACUACGUUUCCCGUAGUAUAUAUGGCACCAGAUUACCCAUUAAAAGGCGAUAAAAAAUGUUAACAUUUUAAUACAAAAAUUUAAUAAGACCAGAUUUUUCCUAUUGUUUUUACAGAGAGAAAUUUACACACAGAAAAACUUACCAUAUAAUGAUUCUAUUUUAUAAUAUAAAUAUAUAAAAGCGUUUAUACAAAAA